AGGAAGUGUGUAUCCACUCCGACGCUGAUUGAGCAGACUGCUUCUACAGCACUGUUCCGCUGCUCUCCGCAUCUGUCAAACAUCCCCGGAGUAACAGGACCCCCCCGGACUGACACAUGGACACAGCCGGACACCAUGGGCACUAGACUGAGGAAAAACCCCGAGCGAACCUUCAACUGGUUCUUCGAAGCAUCCUGCCCACUCGCCAAAGACAGAGAUCCAGAAGUGAGAUUUCAGUUUCCGGAUGAUGCCAGUGAUGAGGACUCCAACAAAACAACCCCCAGUUUCUGCUUCCCUUACGACACGCAACGAGUGAAGGAUGGAGUCGCUGUGCAGCACUUUACUUUCGUCCUGACUGACCUGGAGGGACACCAGCGCUUUGGCUUCUGCCGUCUUGCCAGCAGCACACACACCUGCUUGUGUAUUGUCAGUUACCUUCCAUGGUUUGAGGUUUUCUACAAACUUCUGAACAACUUGGCUGAUAAUCUCACUAAAGGACAGACGAAGGAGCUGAUCCUCCUGCUGAGUUCUCUGUAUCAGCAGCCGGUUCCCCUGCCCUCUGGAUCAGUCACUCUGAAGAUGGUCCCAUACUUUAUCGCUCCAGAUCCCAGGAGUCUGCCUUCCAUUCCUGAAAAUAGGAACUUGACGGAGCUGAUCGUGGCAGUGGAUGUCGGGAACCUGCUCCUGCUGUACGCCAGUAUGCUGUUUGAGAGGCGGAUCCUCAUAUUUGCAAGCAAACUCAGCGCUCUCACGUCUUGUGUGCACGCGCUCAGUGCAUUGCUCUACCCCAUGUGCUGGCAACACAUCUUCAUCCCCGUCCUUCCACCUCACCUACUGGACUACUGCGGUGCCCCGAUGCCUUAUUUAAUCGGGGUCCACACCAGUCUGUUGGAGAGGGUGAGCAGUCGUGGGCUGGAGGAAGUUGUCACUUUUAAUGUGGACACUAAUAUGUUGGAGACCCCCUUCGAUGACCUGAGGAACAUCCCCCCAGAAGCGAUGUCUGUGCUAAAGACGUGUUUGAAACGGCAGGCAGUGUCUCCAGGCUGUGGCGUGUCCAGGGCCUUCUUGAGAGCUCAGGCUCUGCUGUUUGGAGGCUACAGAGACGCACUCCAGGGUCACAAGAAUGGUGAACUACGCUUCAGUAAGGAGCAGUUUCUGGACAAGCCACCCAGCAUGAGACACUUUCUGGAGAGUGCUGUUCACCUGCAGUUUUUCAAACAGUUCAUUGAUGAUCGCUUGGAUCUCCUUAACUCAGGAAAGGAACCAGACGACCUGUUUGAGGAGCAGAUUCUUAUUGGUGAGCCAACAGAUAAAAACAAGCCCUAUCAGCAGAUUGUCGGGAAUUUAAAGAAAGGGGGCGGAGCGCUCAUCCUCAACAUGAAAUCUAAAGCCAACACAAAGGCUAAAGCCCUUACAAGAUCUGGUUUAAAAAACCUGCUACCGCACAAGACACGCCAAGAGAGCAACAAUCUCCACAGACGUGGCUCAGUGUCCAACCAUCUUUCCCAAUCUGACUGUCUGCAAAACCGCAUGCCAAUCAAGCAACACUUCGGGAUGUCCCGUCCUCCUCGGCCUGUUUACAAAUCCCUCGGUAGCCAAGACAACGGUGACUCGGCUGAGGAUUCCUGGAAGGGUGCUGUGUCCUCACCUGUGGAUGAGUCAGACCCGACAGAUGAAGACAACUCUCACUUCUCCGACCCUGAGGAAAUGGACCUGCUCGGGGAGAUCUUUGAGACGUUGAGCAGUAGGAGCAUGCAUGACCGUGGACUCCUGUACGGCACGCGAAGCCUGGACUUAUUUGGAUCUGACAGCUAUGACUUUGUUCGAAAGGUAAGAAGAGCCUUUUCAGCCUACACCCCACUGCAAAUUCAACUGUGUGUUUUGUCUUGGAAGCAUGGCUCAGUCAACCCGAGUCAGGAGAGCUUGUCUGCGUCGGUCAGCAGCAGCGACUUCAUGGACAGCUGGAAUGCUGAAGCAGCAGAUCAGGCCGAGGACUUGGAUAGUUUGAGUCUGGACAUGAGCGUGCAGGAGCAGGAAGUGGCCGAGUUUAGAGCAGAAGAACGAGACAAGAGACAGGGAAACAUCGGAUGGACCAAGGAACAGGACAACACUGUCCAGACUGACAAUGUAAUCAUCCCUGAGGAAGUGAAGAACGAAGGUCUCCAGAACGUGACGAAUGAGACGCUCCAAGAUGAAAAGUUCAUGGAGGAAGAGCAAGAGCUGAGUCAGGAGAGCUUGUCUGCGUCGGUCGGCAGCAGCGACUUCAUGGACAGCUGGAAUGCUGAAGCAGCAGAUCAGGCCGAGGACUUGGAUAGUGUGAGCCUGGACAUGAGCGUGCAGGAGCAGGAAGCAGCUGAGUUCAGAGCUGAAGAACGAGAAAAGAGACAGGGAGACAUCGGAUGGACCGAGGAAGAGGACAACACUGUCCAGACCGUAGGAGAAGACAUCCCUGAGGAAGUGAAGAACGAAGGUCUCCAGAGCGUGACGAAUGAGCAAGAGCAGGGUCAGGAGAGCGCAGAGGACACAGGCGAACAGAUAGAUGAGGUGAACCAGCAGCAAGAUACAGAAAACAAAUGUGUGAACAAACAAGAGGAUCAAGUUGCUCAAACCUCGACUGCUGCGCCAAAUCUUGGAAUCCAGAAGGCAAAAGCAGAGCUGGACGCUAAAAUCUCUCCCAAAUCAGCAAUAGCGAGUUUCUGCCCUCCAGUUUCCAGCCAAGCAUUCGGUCUCAAGCUGAGGUCCAGAAGCACAACCAACACCAACAAACCCUGCAAUAGAUCGGAUGCGAGGGACUGCUCCGGAGAGGAGGAGGGGCUCCCCCAGGUCAAAGUGUCAGAACUGAAGAAAAGAUUUGAAGCAAAGUGACUGGGCCCCGUGUGGGGACUCUGAGACUCAGUUUUGAACUUGAAUGUAAUUUCAAAACUAUGUUCAGGUCUUGAAUUUGAACGCUGCACAAGGUACAUUUCCAACUCAACAAGCUGUCAACGUUUGACAAGGGAGGUUAUCAAUCUCUUUACAUGCCCAUAUCACCUGAUGAUAAAUCUCCAUCUUAACUGUGGGCAGGAUUCGGCUAGGAAUAUCCAGUUUGCAUGAGUUCUCACAGGCAUUUCAAUUAAAAUGAAAGCUUAGCUUCUCCUGCUCUCUUUACGACCGGCUCGACCAGUUCCCACAGAAUUCCCUCGAUUAAACAACCAGCGAGGUAAAACUGUUGACUCAGCACAGUCCUCUUCUUAAUAUUAUAUUAUUUAAAUAUAUAAACUUAAACUUAAUUAAAAUCACAGAAACUUACAAGACAUCUUGAUCUUGCCACUCAAUUUAUUUACAAAUACUUUUAUGCAUAUAGACAUUUUGAUACAAAACCUUCCUUCACAUAACUCCAAAAAUAGUUUGUCUUAUAAAUACAUAGCAGUACACACACACACACACACACACACACACACACAAAGUCCUUCAUCUUAAGGCCACCAAGACUUGAAUAAAAAAAAAAAAAAAACAUCUUCCCAUUUUAAUGCAGAAAGAUGGGUAAUACUUUAUUUGUGUCCUCAGUCGUUAAAAGUGGCGCCUAUAAUUUGAGUAUAAAAUAACAGGAGAUCAUAUCAGGCGCUCUUCUUUGGGUAAAGGUAACGGGAGACUAGGCUUGUCCGUUCCCGCUGCUACCACCUGCUUCUUCUCCUCCGCGCUGGGUCUGUAUGUCCCUUCCAGCCGCCUUUUUUUCCUGAUCACACACAGCAGCAGCAGCAGCAACAGGUUGAGCAGAGACAACACCGUGACUGCCAGGGCGGUCCCCGUAAGUUCAGCUCCAGUCUGCAUCGUCAUGGUGACGGCUCGCUGAGAAAAGGCACAGAGACAAACAGCCGGGUUUGGAGUGAAGGAGGACGACGGACAGCUGUUUUGCGACAGAAGUAACAAGUCAUUUGACUACUGAUGAAGAUGCCUACCAGAUGGAAAUGCACAUAUCUGCU